CCCCCCAACCCCCUCCCCGCAUCCCAUGGCCGGAGCAACCCCAAAAGGGUUAAGGGGGCACAGCGGGGUGGUUUGUCCCCACUGAAGGCAUUAACCCUUAGCCGAGCCACCAGCCCCGGGUGGAGAGGGACGCGCCCGUGGGUGACGGUGACCACAUGCUCAUCCCACGGUGGUGUCACAACCAGCUCAAAAACCCGAGUGAAAGGCUAAACAGCAGAUCCGAGCCUCGGCCGGCAGCCCGCAGCUCUGAGGAAGGAUGGGGCCUCUCCUGUGCUGCCUGGGCUUCGCCGUGCUGCUGUGCCGGGGGCUGGCCUGCCCCCGGCCCUGCUCCUGCUCCACCAAGAAGAACGGGCGCCUGCUGGCCGAAUGUGCCUACAAGGAGCUGCCCGAGGUGCCGCAGGGACUGUCCCCGAACGUCACCAUCCUGACGCUGUCGGCCAACCGCAUCGGCUGGCUGCGGCGCGGAGCCUUCGCCGACGUGCCCGAGGUGCAGUCGCUGUGGCUGGGCUACAACCAGAUCAGCGGUGCCGAGCCGGGUGCCUUUGCCACGCUGUCACAGCUGAAGAACCUGGACCUGAGCCACAACAAGAUGGUCACCUUCCCUUGGCAGGACCUGCGCAACCUGAGCGGGCUGCAGAUCCUCAAGCUGAACAACAACAGGCUGGCCGGGCUGCCCAGAGAUGCCUUCCAGGCACUGGCGGAGCUGCGCUCGUUGUGGCUCAAUGACAACCAGCUCACCACGCUGGCUGAUGGCACCUUCCACCCGCUGCCCUCGCUGUCCCAGCUGCAGCUCUUCAACAACCCCUUCAAUUGCUCCUGUAAGCUCUUCUGGCUCAAACGCUGGGCUGAGAGCACCUCGGUGUCCCUCACCAAGGGUGGAUCCACGCUGUGUGCUGCACCAGGGCGGAUGCGGGGCCGAGCGGUGACCGACAUCCCGGCGCAUCAGUGCGUGGCCCCAUCAGUGCAGCUCACCUACCUGUCCAAGCUGGACAACACGGUGCUGCCCGAUGGGCUGACGCUCAGCCUGCACUGCAGUGUGGCGGGCAGCCCCCUGCCCCAAAUCCGCUGGAGGAUCCAGACCCCCGGGCGUGGUGUUGAGAUUGAUGGGCCCAACGUGGCGCGGGAUGGGAGCCUCUCCCCAUCUGGGCGCAUCAAACAGAGCCAGGAGCGCUUCUUGGUCUUCAAGAAUGGCACCAUGGCCAUCCCCAAGUUCAGCAAGGAGGAUGAAGGCACCUACACCUGCAUUGCCAUCAAUGAUGUGGGCACAAGAGAGGUGUCUGUCAACGUGGCCUUGGCUGGAUCAGAGAAUCCAGCUGAAGACCUGCUGCAGGAUGACCCCCAUGCCAGCCCCCUGGGGGGACGGAGCUGCUACAAGGGUGAUGAGAUGGAUCCCGUUGGUGCUGGAGAGAAGCUGGUCAUUGUCUACCACGUGCCGAGGGAGGUGAAGGGCAUGGCUGAAGGAGCUGUGCCCCAGUUUGGGCUGCUAAUCCUGCUGCUGGCCUUGGGCAUCAUGCUGGGCUGGUGAAGGGGAGCAGGGACAGGCACCAGGGCUCCCCCACUUUCUGUAUCAUUUACCUUCACAUAGUGCCAUGCGUUUGCUGAGCUUCUGGGACUGCAGGUGGGCGCAAAUGUGGCUGAGAGCUGAGCCCAGGGCUGGUCCGACCCUGCGUACAUAGGGGCUGAGAGCUCCAUAAAGGCUUGGGUGAUGUAGGGCAGAUCCACGUUGUGCUGUUGCUGCAGGGCCAGCCUUGCUGUGGGGUCCUUUAGGAAUGGAGGCAGCACAGUGAUUUUUUAUGUGAUUGAUAUGGUAGGGGAGGUGCAGAGCACCCAGUACCAGGCAUGGAUCAGUCCAUGAGGAGCAGGCUAAGCCUUUCCUGCAGAGGACUGGUUGGGUGAGGGACUAUCCGUGGUGUCUGUGCCCUCCCUGUGUCCCAGGCCCAGGCCCUGCCACCCUCAUUGCUUCACACAGUUGUGAUGCAGAUGUUUUCCUCUCCAUUCACCACCAGAACCCACAGCCCAAACCACUCGACCGGGCCCGUCCCGCCAAGCUGUGCUUCUCAACCCCACAGUUACAGCAGGAGAAGCAGAGACCAAAGAGACCACAUGAAACCAAUUACCCCAAAGUGCCUUACAUCUCUCUGCAGGACAUCCACGCUGUGCCCCCGAUGCCGUGGGCUCACGGUGGGACUACCGAGCAACCCUCAUGUUUUCUGCUAGCGUGUGCCUGCGGGAGCCAUGCAGACUCCUGCAGCCUUGUAACCAAAGCUGUGCCGCCAGCCAUGUACCAAGCACAAUAAAUACCUUUUGUAAACCA